GUGUUUCCUACCUACAAUAAAUUCCGACGGACUGUUAAGUGUGCGCCGCAAAAUUCUCUUGUAAACAAACGCAUCUUCUUUGAUCAAUCAUAUUGAAAAAUUCUAAACUUCCUUUCCACGUUCCUGCGUAAGCAUAACUGUAUCUUUAUUGGAGUCGGAGCCAAGAUACAUUAUGGCAUCACUAGGGAGCAGCAGUUCUUCAGGCACUGAAUAUAUUGUUCGAGUCCCUAAAAAUACAAGCAAGAAAUACAACAUAAUGGCUUUUAACGCAGGUGAUAAAGUCAACUGUUCAACGUGGACACAGGCUCGAAUGGAGAGAGACAUGAGUGCUCGGAAGAUAUAUGGUGAAGAAGAGACACCGGAGGGCGCAGCUGGUAGCGAGUUUGGCAAGAAACAGCGUGAGGAAGCUCGACGGAAGAAGUAUGGCAUUGUAACACGUGAGUUUAAAGUAGAGGACCAGCCUUGGAUUCUAAAAGUCAACGGCAAAGCAGGCAAAAGGUUCAAAGGCCUGAAGAAAGGAGGUGUCACAGAAAAUGCUUCCUACUACAUCUUCACUCAAUGCCCAGAUGGUGCUUUUGAAGCCUUCCCUGUUCAUGGCUGGUACAACUUCACCCCAGUGGCGAAACACAGAACUCUCACUGCGGAGGAGGCUGAGGAGGAGUGGGGCAGGAGAAACAAGGUAGUGAAUCACUUCAGCAUCAUGCUUCAGAGACGCCUGCGUGAGCAAACAGCGGGUGAUGAGGAAGAGGAUGAGAGUGAGAAAUCAACAAAGAAGAAAAAGAGUGGCGGUCGAGGGAGCGACCUGCGCAUCCAUGAUCUGGAAGAUGACUUUGAAAUGAGCAGUGAAGAUAGUGACAACAGUGGUGAAGAUGGAGAAGGCAAGACAAAAGCAAAGAAUGAAACUGGUAAAGGAAAAUCAAAGAAGAAGAAGAACAAUGACAAGGAUGCUUUGGAAGACAGUGAUGAUGGUGACUACGAGGGUCUUGAGGUGGAUUACAUGUCAGAUGAAAGCAGCAGUUCAGAUGAAGAACCUGAAAAAGGAAAGCCAAGCAAAGGAGAAGACCUUCCCAAAGGGAUCGAUGAGGCCUCAGAAAGCGAGGAAGAGAGCGAAGAGGAGAAACAGAAUGAGGAGGAAGCAAAGGAGGAGGAAGAGGAGGAGGAAGCAAAGAAAACAUUGGCACAGACUGAAAAGAAGAAGAAAAAAGACAGUAGCGGUGAAUCAGACAGCUCAGACGACAGUGAUAUUGAAGGAGAAACGGCCUCUGCUCUGUUUAUGGCGAAGAAGCGUACUCCCCCAAAACGUGCAGGUGGACGCGGCUCUGCUGGAAGUUCCAGAACUGGCAGCCGGCCAGGGACGCCUUCCAUUGACUCUGCCGCCACAUCCAACACACUACGUGCUGCUGCUAGCAAGCUAGAACAAGGUAAAAGACAGACACAAGGUCCAGGAACAGACUCCCCUGCUGCCAAAAGGCUCAAAAUGGACCCCAGCAGUCAGAGCCCUGCUCCCUCUGGAAAGACUACACCUCAACCCCCAUCAGGAAAAUCUACUCCCAGUUCCAGUGAUGUGCAACUAACAGAAGAAGCGGUCCGUCGCUACCUCAUCCGGAAACCGAUGACCACCAAAGAUCUGCUGAAAAAAUUCCAGACCAAGCGCACAGGCUUGAGCAGCGAGAAGACUGUCAACGUCCUAGCUCAGAUUCUGAAACGCCUCAAUCCAGAACGCAAAAACGUUAACGACAAAAUGCAUUUUUAUCUUACGGAAUGAACAAGGAGCUCAGAUUCGGUUCCAAGUCACCCAUGAGCUUUCUGAGGACAGGUGUUGUGCUAUAGAAUAUUGAUCAAACCAAUAAGGAUGGCAGGGGAUGGUGGGAAAUCAAGAAAUUAUUUCAUUGGAUCUAGUAUAUCUGGUCUCCAUGAAGUUGGUGUUUUGGUGGAAAAACUCACAGCCGAAGCAUAAAAAGGAUCACUUGAAUUUAAGUGUGAUAGAGUUGUGUUGAGUUGGAUGUUUUCUAAUUAA